ACGUAGAAAACAGCGUUGCCAAUUUUACAGAUUGUUUCAAUUAAUCGAGCAGUUGAAUCACAAUAAUACAUCAAAUUAAACUAACAUGAAAAUAGUUGCUAUCAGAUAGACAGUCUUCCUGCCUAAUAAUAAUUUUGGGUCAUGAGGAUCUUCUACAACGAUUAUCAAAAUGAAUCCAUGGUCCUCACGCAGAUAUUUUCGCGUGACACCUCUCCGAGCUUUGUGUGCUUUCCUGGUGAUCAGUGCGCUUUUUUGGUAUAAUCUCGGUCGAGAAAGCUUGCCACCGCCUCCAUGCAGCGUUCCUGAAGAAUUUACCGAGAGAUUACAUGAAUUAGUCUACAGAGUUCACCUGGUGUUGGCGAAACUUGGGAUCGUUAAUUUUCUCUGCUUUGGAGCUCUGUGGGGUCAAGUAAGAAUAGGACGAGCUUUGCCUUGGGCUCGUAAAAUAGAACUUUGCAUGGUUGACACGAUGCGAGAUGACGUACUGAUCACAAAAGCCUUCCGCGAUGCUGGACUAAGUGCUACUUAUAUGUACACCUCUGGUCUUUAUCGAGUUCAGGAGCAUGAGGUUGGAGAAGCUUCUGCUAGGGUCGAAAUAAUUGUCUUUGAACAGGAUACUGUCACUCAAAUGAUGAGAAGAGUAGGCUGGACAAGAAGAGUAUUACCGCCAGACUGUGAAUUAUCACCGAGUCUCCAGUGCUUUCCACCGCAAUUGGUAAUUCCACCUUUGCCAGCAAAACAGUUCGGUGGGAGACUUAUUCCUGUGCCAAGAGAGGGCAUCGAGCUACAAAAAUAUCACUAUCCAAAUAAUUGGUGGCUCGAAAUAAAACCAACCGAUUGCGUCGAGCUCAAUCAACUUGCAACAUAAUUAUUGUAAUGAUUAAUGAUGAAAGUAUUUAAGUAAAUAACUUAAAUUUUCUAAAAUUGAUAUUAUAAUAAUUUUAUAUGUAUCUGACAGCUUCCGUUAUUUAUAUUUUAUUAUUUAUAAUUGUUAACUGCUUUUUAAAAGAGUUAUUGAUUAUAAUCUAGUCAUUCCGUACAAUUAAUAUUAUUUUUUAAGUAAUAAUAAACGCAAUAAAUUCAUUACAACUAGUACUGUGUAGCAUAAAUUAAAUACGCCAGUUAAUUAAUUGUUAUAUUGAAAAUUAUAAUAAAAAUCAUAUCAAUA